CCAGAAGGGGUCAAAUUCCGCGAUCGAUAGUCAUAAAUUUCACACAAAAGGGUCAAGCCAAGCAGUCGAAGAAGGCCCACUCCCCACGAUUUUCUUCCGAAGAAAUUUCCCUUUCACAAUCAGCGUUUAGAAGCAGCAGCAACAACGCCCAAUCCACCAGCAAAACGACUCCGGCAAACCACCACACGUGGUGGCGCGUGAAUCAGUUGCUGGGCACAUCUCCAUGUGCUGACGGCUGAAUCCGGCCGGGAGGUGAUGGGUCAGGGCCCGAGCUGCGGCGAACGCUUUGAAAAUGGCCUGUUCCGAGCUGUGCAGAAUGGGGAUUUGGAGCUCGUUGAUGCUAUGGUAAGGACCGAUCCAACUGUCUUGGAACAGACCACUCCUCGUAUGAAGAUGUCUGCUCUGCACAUCGCAGCUGCUUAUGGUCAGAUCGAGAUUCUUUCUAUGCUCUUAGAACGGAGUGUGAAUCCUGAUGUGUUGAAUUGCAAUAAACAGAUUCUGAUGUUUGAUUCUCUAAACCGACGAACCUGUUUGCAUUAUGCUGCUUAUUAUGGCCACUCAGAUUGCUUAGAAGCUAUAAUUUCUGCUGCUCAUUCAGAUCCAGUAGCAGCCACUUGGGGAUUUCUCAGAUACGUGAACAUUCGAGAUGGAGGUGGUGCUACGCCAUUGCAUAUAGCUGCACGACGUAGACAGCCACGGUGCGCUCAGAUCCUUUUGGCGAAUGGAGCUCUUGUUUGUGCUUUAACUUGUGGUUAUGGCUAUCCGGGGAGUUCGCCUCUUCAUCUGGCUGCUCGGAGUGGUUCUUUAGAAUGUGUUCGGGAAUUGCUCGCGGGAGGAGCAGAAAGAUUACAAGUGGAUGCAGCUGGGAGAAUACCCUACACGGUCGCUAUGAAGCGCAAGAAUCGGGCAUGCGCCGCCUUGCUGAAUCCUUCAGCAGCAGAACCUCUUGUUUGGCCAUCAAAACUGAAGUUCAUCAAUGAGCUAAAUCAAGAAGCAAAAGCUCUGUUAGAGAGGGCCUUGGUGGAAGCAAACAUGGAGAGAGAGAAGGCCAUAUUGCAGCAGAUUUCCUGCUCACCUCCAUCUCCUUUACAAUCUGAUGUUGAGUUGGAUGACGCAGAAUCCGAGGGUUGCAAUGUCGAGUUAUGCUGCAUAUGCUUUGAACAUGUCUGCACUUUAGAGGUCCAUCCUUGUGGUCAUCAAAUGUGUGCGCCUUGCACGCUAGCGUUAUGCUGUUACAAGAAGCCAAAUAUCUCGAGCAAUAGUCCUACUGCCCCGCUUUGCCCUUUUUGUCGAGGCAGCAUUACGCAACUACUCGUGGCAAAGAUCAAGAUGACUGAUAAUGCAGAGUCUGAGAUUAGUUCAUCGAAACAAAGACGAUCGAAGAAGUCGAAUUUCAGUGAGGGGAGCAGUAGCUUCAAGAGCUUAUCUGCUUUGGGGUCAUUAGGGAAGAUUGGCGGCCAAAGUACAGGAAGGUUUCCGGUUGAAUGUGACGAGGAGGUCGAUAAGAGUUUCUAAGUUGGCAUCUUCAGCUCGGGAUCUUGUUCGGGCUAAGCUGAUUAUCGAGUUGAUACAAGAAUCUUGGAUAUGGAAGAACAGCAAUGGUUAUGUUCACUAUAUCUACAAAAAUCUACUUGAAUGCCUGUGAAGCACGGGACGCUUCGUAGGUGAUCGAAUCUGUCGUCAUCGUUUUCUUCGUAGGUCAUGAAUGCUUGUCUGAGUACUUAUGUUCUUGAGUUCUAAUAAGGCUUUGCUCAUUGAUUCAGUCAUAGCCACUUUUGGAAGGUUUAAUCUGAUCAUUUUUCCCUAUUCAUAUAGAAAGGCAUUAA